CAAUAUCAAUUUGAGGAAAAAAUUAUCCACAAUUGACUUAAUCAAACUAGACCAACUCCUAAUACAUCAAGUUUAAAAACGAGAUGAGAGAAACAGAACUUGGAGAUAACAACCAUAUGUGUUAUGGCCUCUAGAAUUGAAAAUGAUAAAAAAUCUCUUUUAUACUUGGAGAACUUGACACUCCCCACGUUUCAAGUUGUGGUGAUAGCAGCAAACAUGGGGUGUAAUGGUUGUCAAGAAAGAGUUUCCAGAGUUAUAUCAAAAAUUUCUGGGUUGACAGAGUACACAAUAGAUGUGCGCAAGAAUGAAGUAACUGUUAAGGGCGAUUUCAUUGUAAGUUGUGACUUCCAGAAUAAACCCUUUAGAAACAGCACCAUGAAGAGUGCUACCUAUCAACCCAAGUCCUUGUUUGCCUGUUUAACUCAAUUUGACAAACAUAAAUGUAACAGAAAGUAGAUACUAGCAGCUACAGGAUUCAAAUUGUAAGGUUCAA